AUGGAGGAUUGGGGUUUGCAGGCUGUAGUUAGAGGUUCUAGCGGUGAUUUUACCAAUAUUAUCAAUACAGAUAUUUUUCAGCAAUCCUUUUUCGGGUUCUCGAGCCAUCAGAAAUUUGAUAAUGAGUUCGUUUACGAUUUUCCUGAAAUUUUCGAAGCUGUUAAUGUUUCUGGUGAUGAACUAGAAGAGCUUUACAAGCCAUUUUAUCCGACCGUGGCAAAUUCUGUUCCUGCACAAACUGUUCUUCAAUUUGAAGAAGAAAGUCCUGCAGAAAGUACUGUAAAUCAAGAAAAGCAGGCUCAAAGUUUUCCUUCUGAUCAGACUAGUGAUUCUACUACUAGGGCUAUUGCUUAUAAACCAAGAUACAAGAGAAGGAAGAAUGAGCAUAAAAGAGUUGUUGUUCAAGUUUCUGCUGAGGGUCUUUCUUCUGAUGUCUGGGCUUGGCGCAAAUAUGGCCAAAAACCUAUUAAGGGUUCUCCCUAUCCAAGAAGCUACUACAGAUGUAGCAGCUCAAAAGGAUGUCUGGCAAGAAAACAAGUUGAGCAAAGCUGUACAGAUCCUGGAAUGUUUAUCAUAACCUACACCGCAGAACAUAACCACAGCCAGCCAACUCGAAGAAAUUCUUUAGCCGGUACCAUCCGUCAGAAAUUUCCAGCAUCCAGAAGCCCAAAUAGAAUCAAUAUCAAGCAGGAAAGAACUGAAGAUUCCAUUUCUGGUUCAAAAAUUCCUUCUCUAUUCAUGUCUACAGAAACCCUUUUGCCUUCACCAAUGGAAGAAGAUUUUCUCCAGGCAAAAUGCAAUCAAGAGGGAAAAGAAGAUGAUAAGUUGAUAUUCAGUGAUGAUUUCUUCUCCGGGUUAGAAGAGUUUGAUGUAUUUAAUUCAGAUAUAUUGCCUAUCAGCUGCCAUAGUUCAGCACAACAAUUUCCUGUGAGUUCUUGUAGCUAA